UCGGUCGUUUUACGUGAUGAUGACGUUGAAAUUACUCUUUUAAAUUGUGCAACUAUAAUCAUGAUAACGAUGACAAAUUGCGACAAGAUUUUUCAUCCAAUAAUAACCCACGCUACUGACUAUAGUGCCCUCUGA